AUGGAAAAACAAUGGGAAAAGUAUCAAAUUUUACAUUCUAAAGAUGUAAUACUUGAAGACUCACAUGAAUGGACUUUAGACACACUACGACAUGUUGGGGGAUUAGAUAUAUCAUUUUCAACAAAUCACCCAAACCUUGCAAUUGAAAAGUAUCCUGAGUUAUAUCCAGAAGUUGUUCUUGUUGAUGGGAAUGGAUACUAUCAUCCUCGAAGAUUUGGUUCUGCAACUCAUGUUGGAAUUUAUUGUGAUAUACCGUCAAUUGGUGUUGCAAAGACUGUAUUAUGUGUUGAUGGGAUAGGAAAGAAGGAGAUUAACAUAGUUACUUCACAAAUCAAAGCAGGUGAAUCAACGACAAUUAGUACUUCAAGUGGAGAAGUGUUGUGUGGGGUUAUAAGAAGUAGGGGUGGUAGUAUAAAUCCAAUUGUUGUUAGUUGUGGGCAUAAAGUUUCACUUUCAACAGCAGUAAUUAUAUGUAAAGAAUGUUGUUUACAUAAAAUCCCAGAGCCUAUUCGACUAGCUGAUUUAAUUUCAAGAAAUUUGUUAAGGAAUGAAGGACUUCUCCCACACAUGAAUUCUAAAUAA